AUGUCAAGCUUAAAAGCAUUUAGAGUACUGGCGCGCCCUACCGCCAGACAAUUGCGUCCCGCCAUCACCGUGACGUCGCUGCAGUCUCGCCUGCACUCGUCGAAGCACCCCAAGGGCUUCGCGCCGCCCGCCACCGAGGACUUGGAGGAACUCCGCGAGCGGGUACAGGAAUUUGCACGACGCGAGAUCUCCGAGGAAGUCGCCGCGCACACGGACAAGUCCAACGCGUUCCCCCACGAGAUGUGGCAGAAGCUGGGCGAUGCGGGCUUCCUGGGCAUCACGGCCGACGAGGACGUGGGCGGGCUGGGGCUGGGCUACCAGGCCCACUGCAUCGUCAUGGAGGAGCUGUCGCGCGCGUCGGGGUCCAUCGCUCUGAGCUACGCGGCGCACUCGCAGCUCUGCGUCAACCAGCUGCAGCUCAACGGCUCGCCGACACAGAAGGAGAAGUACCUGCCAGGUCUGAUUGCAGGCACGAGCAUCGGCGGGCUUGCCAUGUCCGAGUCGGGCUCGGGCAGCGACGUGGUGAGCAUGCGCACGAUGGCCAAGGCGGUGGACGGCGGCUACGUGCUCAACGGCUCCAAGAUGUGGAUCACCAACGGGCCGGACGCGCACGUCAUCGUCGUCUACGCCAAGACGGAGCCGGAGAAGGGGUCCAAGGGCAUCACGGCCUUCAUUGUCGACACGACGGCCAAGGGGUUCAGCUGCGCGCGCAAGCUCGACAAGAUGGGCAUGCGUGGCAGCAACACGGGCGAGCUCAUGUUCGACAACGUCUUCGUGCCGGCCGAGAACGUGCUCGGCAAGGUCAACGGCGGUGUCCGGGUGCUGAUGGAGGGCCUGGACCUGGAGCGGCUGGUGCUGAGCGCCGGCCCGCUGGGCCUGAUGCAGGCGGCGCUCGACGUCGCGCUGCCGUUCAGCCACCAGCGGCGCCAGUUCGGCCAGCCCAUCGCGCACAACCAGCUCGUCCAGGGCAAGCUGGCCGACAUGCACACCAAGCUGCAGGCGUCGCGGGCGUACACGUACGCGACUGCGCGCGCGGUCGACGAGCAGGGCCGGAUCCGCACGGAGGACUGCGCCGGCGCCAUCUUGUACGCGGCGGAGCGCGCGACGGAGUGCUCGCUGGAUUGUAUACAGCUCCUGGGCGGCAUGGGAUACGUGGAGGAGAUGCCGGCCUCGCGGCUGCUACGAGAUGCCAAGUUGUAUGAGAUUGGUGCAGGCACGUCGGAGAUUCGACGAAUGGUCAUUGGGCGCGCGUUCAACAAGCAGUACGCGAAUGCCUAA